AUAAGCUGUCUAGAGUAGCUCUUUCAGAAGUACUUACCACCAACGUGUCUCGCCCGACAAGUUUCAUUUAUUCAUUUAUUUAAGUGAACAUGAAGAUUGCAGGAAAUAYCUUCGUCCUUUUGGUGUUGUUACUUGUCAUUGAAGCAGCCAUGGUGAUGGGAAGACCAAAAGACAAGAAGACUCCAAUGAAAACCCAGAAUGACAGAACAGGUAUUUGGCCAGAUGCUCGUUUUGCUGUAGCAACGUGCGCAGAAAUAAAGACAGAGCCGAAGCGCUUUUGCGACAACUGCUUGGGUAUCAUAACACGAAGUCACGCAUUCCUAUGCGAUGCCUGUCACACAACAUGCAGUACAUGUACGGGAUUCACAAUUGAAAAAUGCCACCCUUUAGGCCAUCCAUCGGGUUAAAAUGACAAAUGUCUCAUAUACAAAAGAAACGAA